AUGGCAGCUUGCGAAAGUGAAAUCCCACUGCUCUUGAACACCACCGGCCGGCCUCGAAGUGACUCCAGCAGCCCCGGCGCCACCGAUUGCCCAAUCGAACGUUCUUCGGAGGGAAUUGUCAUCGUUGAACGACCCUCAGACACAGACAACGUCAUCUACCAUGUGCCCACCUGCAAAUACAUGACAAUAAUCCGUGAAGUCAAUAACCUCACAUUCACCGACACAGAUCGCCAGAUCUUGAAGGCGAUCAACCGCCUUCAAGGUCUUCACUACGCACACCGCGCCUGCUGCGUGCAAAGAUGGCGCUUGGACGAGAAGAGCCGUCUAGACGUGAUCUGGCUGAUGUGCACCUUCGAGGACUACCUCCAGUCCAAAGAUUGGCCGGAGACACCCAAGGGCGAUGAGUUUCGAACCAUGCUGGAUAUGUGCAAGUUCAUCUUCUACAGUCCCUACGUACUGAUGGACAUUGAGAAGAUGGAGGAGGGGCCUCAGAAGGACGGGCUAAUGCGUCUUUACCGGUGUAUCUGCAAUUGGUACACAGCAUAG